AUGAUUAACCCUGAUGCUCACGUUUACGAGACCAUUGAUGGGGAGAACUUCAUGAGCCACCAGUAUCUAAACACUCGCGAUCCGAUUUACGAGUGUCACCAAGCUUGUAGUUGUGACACCGCAUGUCCUAAUAGAGUAGUGGAGCAUGGGAGAACUGUUCCGUUACAAAUCUUCCGUACUGAUGAUGGACGCGGAUGGGGUGUUCGCUCGCCACAAGACAUAAGAAAGGGGCAGUUCGUCGACAGAUAUGUAGGAGAACUAAUUACCGCCGAGGAGACCGAGAGACGACGCCAAAGAUCAGAUAUCGCUGCCAAGAAGGACGUCUACCUCUUCGAGCUUGACAAGUUCAAGGAUGAUGCAGACCGCGAUCCCACCUUAGCCGAAACGGUCUUCGUUGAUGGAGAGUACGCAUCCGGACCAAGUCGUUUUAUCAAUCACUCUUGUGAUCCAAAUCUUCGCAUCUUCGCCCGAGUUGGAGAUCACGCCACAAAGCGAUUCCACGAUCUGGCCUUCUUUGCUGUCAGAGAUAUCCCGGCUGAUACCGAGCUGACUUUCGAUUAUGUUGAUGGUGAAGACGAGAAACUAGAAGAGGAAAAGAAGAAUCCGAAUCAGAAGAAAGAGAUGACGAAAUGUCUAUGUAGAUCUAGGAAGUGUCGGGGGUACCUGUGGUAG